AUGUCGAAUAUAAUUCCGGACCGAUCUGGAAACACAAGUUCCGAACACGUUACCACUGGCUUUCUCACACCAGAUGCCAAUGCCCUUCGCGAGGCCGCCUUGAAAUCUCGACGAAAAAAGAAGAAUAUUGUCAGAGAACAAUUGGCACCAGCACCAACACCUGACCAACAAAUUAUAGAAGUAAAUACCUCACAGCCAUAUAUUUCUCCAGUCGCGGGUGGGGACUCUCCCAUGCACGAUGCAUCUGUAACACCAGCAGUAGACACGUCUGAUCCCCAGAAUAAUCCCACCGAUACCGAGGACGGUGAGAUACCCGAGAGCAGUCAGGAGGGUGAACCUGGUGGCGUUCGUUCCGCUGAGCGAGAUACCAGAGAAAAGACUCCACGCCCACUGUCUGAUGUGGAAAUACGAAGUACUUCCAUACCACGCACCACCGAGUCACUUAAAAACGUUCGCCCUGGGUUAGAUAUGACCUCACAAGAUUUGGCCGAAGCAAAACAUCUGAUACUGGACCUUUUGGGACUCGGUGUGACCCCCGAGUAUCUCGUAGAUUGUGGCGUGUCGCCCCAAUGCCUAGCCGUCUGUUUUUAUGAGUUGAAUCUCAGAUUCCCGCUUAACCUCGAUCGCCGUCAGAUAAAAUUACCUCCUAUUUAUAAUCUAGAUAGACAUAUGAAGGAUUCUCAACGAAGAGAGCAAAUCAUACGCCAGCGCGAUCGUGGUCGGAUACCCCCAAGGCCCAUUCCUCCCGUGAUAUCAACACCCACGGAGGAAACAGGAUUGUCGUCCGACAGAAAGCCAUCGCCGUCUAUUCCUGCGGAUACGGGUGACAAGCCACCCAGCGAACCAUUGCCCUCAAGUCAUCUUGAUAUGAGCACCGAUCAGAAUAACGCUAUCGAAACACCUGAUGCUCAGUUAUCCGAGAAUGCACGGUCAUCGCCUCCGAAAGAGCCUGAUAUCACAUUGAUGGAAGACCAAGAACGAAUGGAACUACUAGCACGCAAGGCUGCUAUGGACAGCAUCAAUAAGAAAAGAGCAGCAAAGACUUCCACUCUCUCUUCGGGUAUCUCUGAACAAUCUGAUGCUCAGCCUCACUCAAUGGAGAUCAAUGACGUAGAAUCGGCUGUAGAUGCUCUGCUCGCCUCCGUCCGGAUGAAUUCUGAGUCAUCGAACCAUUCGGAAGGUAGUCCUAAUAAUUAUCGUGAAGGAGGAUUUGCUGUUGGUGGAGAACAGCUGUCCGACUAUGACUCAGAUGCUAUGGUCGAAGAUGAGCUUGAAACCCGUAGCCCAUCGCCUUCAGAUCCUGACUUUGACGAACCUAUGGAUGCUGCCGUGCUCAUGGAUGAUCACCGCAACAUUUCGCCCGAUCCUAUUCCUCCUACACCAUUACUCAUUCCGUCCCCCAAGCAUAUUCCAACCAGAGUGCGAUUUGAUGCUCCAGAUCAAAUUCGAUCCUCAAGUUUACCAGCACAGCCUACACCCAUUGCAGUCCCUGUAGUAGCACGUAGGUCUCGCCCCAUCGCAUCAGAUUUUAUCGACCAAGCACCACCUCGUCCGUCGAGUACCUCCACGACCCCUCCCGAACGAAGUGCGCUUCUGAAACGAAAACGUAGCUUCGUCGACCCUGCGGUUUGGCCUAAACGGAUUGUGAUAGAUCUGGAUAGCUCAGACGAAGAAGAGGAUCAAGGUGAAGCCGCCUCCGGCUUUGCGUCAUCUAGUAACAAGAGUGGUACCGAUGGAGCGCCGAUUAGAACAGGAAGUCAAGACCAAACGGGAGGGAAUGGACAAGAUCAAGCAGCCCAGAUGCUACUUGAGAAGGAGCUUCAAAUCAAGGCAAUGAUGCAGAAGAUCAAGAUGCGAGAAUUACAAAAGAAGAAGUCCGCAAGUGGAUCAAGAACCCCCAUGACAGGUACUGUUACGCCUGCUACAACAGCCGAAGUAAAUAAGACCACUCCGCCAACUGUCGAAUCACCGUCUUCGCCAAUAACAUCAGCCGUGAAUUUAGCCCAGGCGGAAACUUCAAACUCUGAAAUUCUGCCGACAAUCCCAGUAGUAACGCAAGGCAAGCUUAGCCUUAAAGAACUAGAAGUACCAUCUUUGGUCGAAAAAGAGAAGGACUCCGUCUUGGAUAACUCACUGGAUUCAACUUCACCAAAGAUGGACAAGGGGAAAGGAAAGGCUCUGGAACCUGAAGAUAAUAUUACGAUUAGCUCCACAGUUGAAUGGGACAAUGGAUCUCGACUUGAUCAAUUAUUAAACCCUAAUAGCGAACAGGCACCGGCCUACCUCGUACUGAGUGAUAUGGACGUCUUGGAAUCGUCGCGGCCCCGGUUGCAGACUCACUUCAAGACAUAUGUUUCUCCACUUGCAGGGUUCACCAGUCCAGACCUUCAACGCUCCAGCCCGACAGACCAUCAACUUUCCUCGAUAUUUUGGAUAUCCUCUUCUGCCGGGCAAGACGUGAAUCGCCAGCUUUGCAUGUAUGAGUUCCCCAGUGGUGUCUGCAGAAAUGAAACCUGUAAAGACAUUCAUGUUAGGGAUUUUGGGGCAUCUGAGUACGUGGACAAUGUUCAACACGUUGUGCCAGAGGUAACCAUACCUCCCGAAGUGACACCCGAGAACGUAACGACAUACAUUGUUGACUCGUCGGCUGCUCCCGCUGAUAGGCCCCACCUCGAAUCUGAAAUCCGAAAGGCGCACGUAAUAUGCAUAGUUUAUGCCAUCGAUAAUCCCAACUCAUUUGACCGAGUACCAACGUAUUGGUUGCCUUACUUCAGGUCUUUGGGUGUGAACGUUCCUGUUAUUCUUGUCGGUAACAAGAUCGACUUGCGCGGCGGCGAGGUGUCUAAUGAAGACCUGGAAAGUGAAGUAGCUCCUAUUAUGGAGGAAUUCAAGAUCCUCAAGCCAGCAGCGGUAGAUGCGCUCCGCCGAAUUUUCCGGCUCUGUGAUACUAAUAAAGAUGGGGUUCUCGAUACACACGAACUUAACGAGUUCCAGCAAACUUGUUUUAAAGCGCCUCUUCAACCCCAAGAGGUAGAAGGCAUCAAAUCUAUUCUACGCAGCCAUGACCCUAGCAUGUUACGACCUAUUCCGUCACCAGCCCAUGCAUCACCGAAUGGUUCUCCCCCUCCCACCCCCUCAGCAGAAGAAGGGGUAACGGAAGAUGGGUUUCUGUAUCUUCACACCGAAUUCAUUCGAAGAGCUCGGGUAGAGACAACAUGGAUAGUCUUGCGGCAAUUUGGUUACGCGGAGGACUUGAGACUCACUGAAAGUUGGCUUUCACCCAAAUUCGAUGUCCCUCAUGACUGCUCCGUCGAACUUAGCCCACAAGGUUACCAAUUCUUUACCGACAUCUUUCAGAUAUUUGAUAAGGAUCAGGACGGUGCACUUCGACCUGAAGAGCUGGAAAACCUAUUCAACACAUCUCCCGGUAACCCUUGGGUUGCUGAAGAUGAUGAGGGAGUCGACGGCACCAUAACUCUUCAGCAUUGGUUGGCCAAAUGGAGGUCCACAACCGGAGCACUGAAGAUCACCAAGCCGCGACGCGCAGAGCGCCGUAAGGAUAAAGUAACUCGAAAUGUCUUCCUAUGUUAUGUCGUUGGCGCCGCUGGUUCUGGAAAGACUUCCAUACUCAACGCAUUUAGACAAUUGGCCGGCGGGGGCGUGGAGACCAUGCUCUCAAAGGAUGCCCCCAAGUCGAAAGGCAAGGGAAUCGGAGAGCUCGGUCCAUACCAUCCUACAGAAAAGGUGUUGAGCGUAGUAGGGGCUGUGGAGCUACGCGGAGCUGAAAAAUAUCUAGUGAUGCAAGAGUUUGGCUCUAAGAGCGAGGCUAAUAUGCUUCGAGAUGCUAAGACGAUGGACUUAGCGGAUGUGAUCAUCUACGUACAUGAUUCGAGCGAUACCAACUCAUUUUCAUAUAUCAGUGGUUUAAGACAAAAAUAUAAUUUGGACGAUAUCCCAAGUAUGUUUGUCGCUACAAAAUCAGACCUAGACUUGGCACAACAGGCAGGUAACCGGCACGAGGUUCAGCCUGAUGUUUACUGCCGACGACUUGGCCUACAAGGGCCGUAUGCGGUCAGUAUCAAAAACCCUCAAAUUGCAAACUUGUUCCCAGAAAUAGUUGCAACCGCAAUGAAUCCACUCAGUGCAAUCCCUGGAGGAGCUGAACGAGCGUCCGCUACUUUAGCGCGAAGAAAGAUCGUCCUGAGCAUAGGAGUGGCGAUUGCUGGGAUCAUGGUCGCGUACCGGUCUUUUCUACGACCCAUAGGCUACGGAAGUGGUUGGUGGUCAAACUGGGUCAACUGGAUUAUGGGAGGAGGGAUGCGAAGGGAUUUGUAG